UCUCAGGGCGGCGGUGGCGACGACGACGACGACUGGGACGCGGCUCGCGCUGGCAACAUGAACCCGCUGUAACGCGCAGGCUGCGCGGCGCGGGGGGCGGGGGGAGGAGGAGGAGGAGGACGGCGCGGUGAAGUUCUCCGCCAUGAACCUGAGGGGCCUCUUCCAGGACUUCAACCCGAGAAUGCAGCCAUUCCAUUGGAGAGCUGGGAACACCAUGAAACUAAGCAGACCAUGGCUGCCUUGACGUUGUGGAUUGUGUAUGUCACAGGAAUAGUCACUGUCAUGGUUUGGUGGGCCCCAAGGCGUGGGCCAUGGCUCCAGACCUCCUUUCCAACCUUUUGAUCUUGGGAGUCUGAAUCCGCUACUGUAUUGCCAAGGCUCUGGAAAACUACACGGACAGAGAAUGAUUCACAACUGUCAACACUCAGAUGCACAGGACUGCCAGCUGACCCUCUGCCUAUUUCCAUCUGGCUCAGAACUGGUUGAUCAUGAGCUUCUUUUUAGUUACAUAGGUUAAGGCUUGCUGAAACAGACACCCCAGACCCACCAAGUCCUUCCCUGAAUGCCCAAGGCUUCCUAACAGCUAGGGAGCCCUAUUUAUUGAAUAGGCAAACUCUUAGAAGUAUAUGGAAUUGACAAACUUGGAUCGUGAGGUGUUCCUGGGAGGUAGAGAUCUGGGAGUAGGUGGCAUUAAGCCGGCACCCUGUCCCCACCAUGGAGCCUUGGGGUUUUCUGCUGCCUUGUGCAGUUGCUGGCUCAGAGAAGGCCCUUCAGCCCUGGUAGCCAGGCAGUGCUCGAAGGCUGUGAGAACUGUGCUAGAACUUCUGAGUCAGUCGCAGUGAGCUCCAGAUGGAGUGUGGUGCAUCCCGCAGGUGUCCUGGACUGGGACAAAGGCUGAGGAACGCUGCUCUGAGCAUUCCGUCGUGUGGGGAUGAAGUCCUGAGUAAAUUCCUCAUCUAUGCCUGUCUGCUGCUGUUCUCUGUGUUGCUGGCCCUUCGUCUGGAUGGCAUCAUUCAGUGGAGUUACUGGGCUGUCUUUGCUCCAAUAUGGCUGUGGAAGUUAAUGGUCAUUGUUGGAGCCUCGAUUGGAACUGGAGUCUGGGCACGAAACCCCCAAUAUCGAGCAGAAGGGGAAACGUGUGUGGAGUUCAAGGCAAUGCUGAUCGCGGUGGGCAUCCACUUGCUCCUGCUGAUGUUUGAAGUGCUGGUCUGUGACAGGAUCGAGAGAGGCAGCCACUUCUGGCUCCUGGUCUUCAUGCCGCUCUUCUUCGUUUCCCCAGUGUCUGUGGCAGCUUGUGUUUGGGGCUUUCGACAUGACAGGUCACUGGAGUUAGAAAUCCUGUGUUCUGUCAACAUUCUCCAGUUCAUAUUCAUUGCCUUAAGACUGGACAAGAUCAUCCACUGGCCGUGGCUUGUCGUGUGUGUCCCCCUGUGGAUUCUCAUGUCUUUUCUGUGCCUGGUGGUCCUCUACUACAUCGUGUGGUCCGUCCUGUUCCUGCGCUCCAUGGAUGUGAUCGCGGAGCAGCGGAGGACACACAUCACCAUGGCGCUGAGCUGGAUGACCAUCGUCGUGCCCCUCCUCACUUUUGAGAUCCUGCUGGUUCACAAGCUAGACGGCCACAACGCGUUCUCUUGUAUCCCGAUCUUUGUCCCCCUGUGGCUUUCCUUGAUCACUCUGAUGGCAACCACUUUCGGACAGAAAGGCGGAAACCACUGGUGGUUUGGGAUUCGCAAGGAUUUCUGUCAGUUUCUGCUUGAAAUCUGCCCGUUUUUGAGAGAAUAUGGAAACAUUUCCUACGACCUCCACCAUGAAGGUAAUGAGGAAACUGAAGAAACGCCAGUUCCAGAACCUCCUAAGAUCGCUCCUAUGUUUCGAAAGAAGACCAGGGUGGUUAUCACCCAGAGCCCUGGAAAGUAUGUCCUCCCACCUCCCAAAUUAAAUAUCGAAAUGCCAGAUUAGACAGCCCCUCCCAGGGCAGAUCGUGAGUGGACCUGGCCCGCACUCUCUUCCGCCUUCCUCUGCCUCUCCGUUCGCCUCCCCCCACCCCCAGAACUGGAGCUGGAGCUGGAGCUGGGUCUCCGGGGACUUCCAUCUCAUGCCUUGUUUGCACUCAAUGCCUACCAAUGACUCACCGCGACAGGACACGCAGGUGACAGGUGCCUGGUUCACGCAGCAUGGUGUGGGGUGCGUGUCAGUGGCUGUGGAUCUGAUGGAGGGAGCCUGUGGAGAGGGAAACAGUGAUUUCCCCCGGGCAGGUGCCUGCGGAGCUGGCUUGGAGCCAGCCUGGAUGGCUGAUUAGGCCUAAGCAGGAAUGGCUACACAGCUGGUUUUCAAAGUGUGAAAAUUCCCAUCAAAAGUGUUAUUGAAAAAUGUAUUUUUGAACCAGGCCGGCCUGGCCGCGUAGCUCAGAUGCCCCUGUUGUGGCAUAGUUAGGGGACUGUGAAUAGGCCUCGGGCCCCGUGUGCACCCAUGCCGCCUCAGCUGGCCAUGCUCCUGCCGUGGACGUCGUUUCUCUCUGGGUUUUUACUGGCCCCAUUGGUGAGCCCUUUCUAAUGGAGUGACUCCGUGCCUGUAUAGUAUUUAUACAAAUAUUUUAGCGUUGUAAUAUACCGUGUGAAAUCCUAGUUCUGUACAGUAUAUUCUGUUAAAGUAUUUUUUUACAAGCUUGUACUGAAGACAUACGUGCUCUGCUGCAGAAGUAGAGGCCCACUGGGGUGCCACCCCUUCAUGGGACAUUGCCGUUUCCCCUUCAGUUUCUCCACAUGCAUAGUAGCUGCUACUGCCAGAAUGGCCACAAUAAGCAAGAAGCUGUUUGUGCUUUUUUCUAACAUGCUGGGAGUACUGACUUGCAGAAAGCCAUAAAGCACGACUGGAAACGGGAACACUGGAGAAGGGUGCCGAGACUAGAAAUGGCCAUCAGAGUGUGCGCGUUGAGGUCUGGGGGUUUGUGUCUGCCCCCAAGCUGGGCCCAUGCUUUUAGCUAGGAGGACCACGGCUCCAGGAGCUGGGGGUACAGCCACAAGUCAGAGGGAAGAAAGCAGAUGCGAUGGGAACAAGCAGGCCGUGAGUAAAAGAAGGUAAAAGGAGCCCUGGCAUUGUCACCUGGGAGCAGGGGAGAGGGGGAGAGGGGGCAGCUGCUACUCUGUCUAAACCGGGCUCCGCUGACAUCCACCGCGCCCACCGCUCCGCCCUGGCGCCAGCCUGUAGGAAGCCUGUGCUGUCUGAAGGGGGACACUUGGAAUGGUGCCACCUUUCCUGCUUGGUGUAUAGCAAAUGUAGCCCAACCCGCUCUCUUUUCCCCCUUUAGCUGUUCAAUAAACC